CUUUAGGUUAAAAGUAAGUUUCUUGACUGACUCUUUCUGAUGACCGAAGACAAGUUUGAUUGUGAUGGUUGCAUUAUGGCAUUCACAAAAUUUCAAGUGAUUAUUGCUUUGUGUGGAGUAUUAAACGAGACAAGAGGUUUUAACUACUGUAAGGUAAACGGGUGCAAACCGAGGGAACACACUAUGUGCAAAUAUCCCGCAAACAAGCCCGACUGUAGAGUGUUAAGGGUGGGACUAGACGAUGAUCAGCGCGAGGCAAUUUUGGAAACUCACAAUAAAUUAAGGCAGAAAGUAGCCCAAGGGAGAGAAGAAGACCAACCGGCGGCAGCGAAUAUGAUGAAGCUCUCGUGGAACUACGAAGCGGAGAACAUCGCUCAGAGGUGGACAGAGAGGUGCCCAACUGAUGGUCAUGAUUCCUGCAGAAGGAUGAAGGAUGGAACGCCCGUAGGACAGAAUGUACGGAUUUUAUCCAGAUUCUUUGUAGGACCGAACAGGACAGUAGUUGUAGCCGAUAUCGUAAAACAGUGGUACGAUGAGGUGGAUUACAUGGAUUCAAGGAGUGUAUACGAUUUUACUUCUGUGUACGGUUUAAGAAAUAUGAUUGUAGGCGACUAUACUGCUAUCGUCAAUUCUGACACUAAGCAGGUUGGAUGUGGCUACGUAGAAAAGGAUUAUUUUAGAUUUGAUAAGUUGGGAUCCAUACUAACAUGCAACUAUGUACCCUCCGGGAACGUGAAACACAGGCCGAUCUACAAAGUAGGAGCAGCUUGCAGCGCUUGUCCUAAUGGAUCCAAGUGCAGCGUGAGGUAUCCUGGCCUUUGUACGGAUGAGGAGGACGAAUAUAACGACGUUCCCAAACAUAGAGACAAACACAAACCCAGACUAGCCCAGGCGAUAAGCAUUCAUCCCUGUUUAUCUACUUUCGCUGUACUCUUCGUUCACGUGUACUUUUAUGAAAAUGGCCUGUCAUAAAUAAUCAUACCAUUAUAUAAAAGUGAUGAAAAUCUAUAUGUAUGCUUUAUAGUUAAAAACUCAUCUUAGUUAUUAAAUAAGGGGAAUCACAAUAUACAUGCCUGUACUGUUUUUGUUAAGAAUAGGAUCGUUUGAUAUAAUAGGUUAAUCUAUAACAAUGAGUAUUUUCCAUGACAGGUGAGGUGAGAUGUGUAUGAGUGAUGAAAUAUUAAAACUAAAUUUGGGAUGGGAUUGUUAAUUAUUUGCCUAUUUAUUA